AUGUCGAGUGAGAACAAGUACAAGUACCGGAUAGAGAUUCAGCAGAUGAUGUUUGUCUCGGGCGAAACCAACGACCCCCCCGUUGAGACCACUUCGCUAAUAGAGGACAUUGUACGAGGCCAGGUGAUUGAGAUCCUUGUGCAAACAACCAAAACAGCAAAUAGUCGAGGCUCGAAGUCGAUUGCUCCUGAGGAUGUCAUCUUUUUAAUCAGACACGAUAAGGCCAAAGUGAACCGAUUGCGCACUUACCUAUCGUGGAAGGACUUGCGUAAAAACGCCAAGGACCAAGAAGGAGGAGGCACCGAGGCAUUGUUUGACGGUGGUGCCGAUGCAGUUGCCGGUGGCGGAGGCAUGGGUGGUGGAGUUGGUGGUGGAGCAGGUGGAGCAGGCGCACCGGGCAGCCAGAUCUCCAACGAUAGCUCCAAGAUGCUUUCACGGUACAAAAAGUCCAAGAUUCGCUUACCGUGGGAGUUGCAGUUUAUGUUUAGCGAACAGCAUUUGGAAACGGCCGAGGAUAAUGAGCAAGUUGACGAAGAAGAGAAAGCAGCGUCGAUUGCCUCGCUUAAAAGAUUGAAAAUGGCCGAUGAUAGGACUAGAAACAUGACGCGAGAAGAGUAUGUUCAUUGGUCCGAGUGUAGACAAGCCUCAUUCACGUUUCGUAAAGCCAAGAGAUUCAGAGAAUGGGCGCAGAUGGCACAAUUGUGCGAUUCAAAGCCCAACGACGAUGUCGUUGACAUAUUGGGAUUCCUCACUUUUGAAAUUGUUUGCUCGUUAACUGAAGAAGCAAUGAAUAUCAAGAACUCAGAGGAUAAAUUGACGCAAUUGCAACGAGAGAAAAAUAUAAAAAAGGAAAAAGAGCCGAAAAAGAGGAAGUAUUUGUUUGACAAGCCUGACGAGUUGGCGUCUCCUAUCAUGCCUUUCCACAUCGAAGAAGCGUGGAGGCGGUUGCAAAAGACGGAUUUCAAGCAUAAAGCGGCAAGGUCUUUUGGAGGGGGGAUGGUGAAAACCAGAACUAGACUCAUUUGA